AUGUUGCAGAGAGCAGCAAGCAAUGCAUAUUCAUGGUGGUGGGCAAGCCACAUCAGGACAAAGCAGUCAAGAUGGCUAGAAGAAAACCUCCAAGAUUUGGAGGAGAAGGUGAGAGAGACGCUCAAAAUCAUUAACAAUGAUGGGGACUCCUUUGCACAGAAGGCAGAAAUGUACUACAAGAGCAGGCCGGAGCUCAUAAACUUUGUGGAAGAAGCCUUCCGGGCAUACCGAGCUUUGGCAGAGAGAUAUGAUCACCUGUCAAAAGAGCUGCAAAGUGCCAACCGCACCAUUGCCACAGUUUUCCCCGAGCGUGCUCAGUAUGCAAUGGAUGAUGAUGACGAUGAUGAAGAAAAUCUCCCUGGAACAUCCACUUCUUCCACUUAUCCAAACAAACCCAUCAAGGAUGUUGAGGCUGUUCUUAAACCAAACAUCCCAAAAGUCCCCAAGAUUCCAGAGAAAGAUUUCAGGAGCCAAUCUAUGUUGGUCUCAAGGAAGGGACCGCUUAAGAGAGCUGCUAGUUCUGCUAAAGCUGCUGUAAUUCCAGGUUCAGGGAUGAGCAAAAGUGAGGCAUUACAUGAUAUUGAUAAACUUCAGAAAGAAAUUUUGGCACUACAAACUGAGAAGGAGUUUGUACAAAGCUUGUAUGACCGCGUUAAUGUAAAGUAUUUUGAAAUUGAAAAACAAAUCACUGAUAUGCAGAAAAGAGUCUGCAGCUUGCAGGGUGAGUUUGGCAUAGACAUUGUUAUAGAUGAUGAUGAAGCUCGAACUUUGAUGGCUACCACAGCUCUAAAAUCAUGUGAACAGACCUUGGUUAAGUUGCAAGAGAAACAAGAGCAAUCAGUGGAAGAUGCAAGAGUAGAGCACAAAAGGAUUAAGGAAGUUCAUGAGAAGUUUAAGACAAUCAAAAAUGAAUUUAUUUCCAAACAAACAGAUGGUGAGGAGAGCACAGGACUGGAAUUGAAGAACAUAGACCAAGAGAUCACUGGCAAGGAACAAGAGAGACAUGACGUGGAAGUGCAAGAGGAGAACAUUAAGGAACAAGUUGAUGUGAAUUCAAGAACAUCGCUGACUAUGAUGGAACUGGCAGAGAAGAUUGAUGAACUUGUAAAAAAGGUUGUUACUUUGGAAACUGCUGUCUCUUCUCAGACUGCUUUGGUAGAGACACUAAGGUCAGAAACAGAUGAACUUCAGGAACACAUUCAAAGAUUGGAAGGGGAUAAGGAGACUCUUGUUGAGAGUUCAGAAAUUAUGGGAAACAAGUUAAAAGAGUUGGAGGAGGAGCUGCGGAGAGUUAAAAAUAUCAACAUAAGUUUGGAAGACAAAAAUAACAAUCUGCAAACACAUUUCACUGAAGCUAGUAGUGACCUUGAUAAUCUUUCUGGGAAAUUGCAAGGUGUGGAGCAGGAUAAGGAGGAUGGGGAUACAGGAUUGUUCCAGGAAGUGAUCAAAGCUGUUCCUGAUGCCAAACCAGAAAAAGGGUCGGACGAAGAUAGAGAAAAGAUGGCAGAAAAGGAAGAGAAGAAGGACGAUGACAUUCCGGCUUUCGGUAAUUCCGCCGGAGUUGAAGAAGAAAAGCAGACUGACACUAGAAAUGACCUCCUUUUGAUGCCUGAAAACCCUCGGGAACUAAUGCAGCAGGAGAAAGAUGAGAAGAAAGAUUCAUCUGAGACAGUAGACAGUAAUCUAUCAGUUGAGCCAGAGGAAUUAGAGGCAGAGGAGGAAGAAGAUCAACCUAUCUGGAAGAAGAUGUUUGUAAAGGGGUUAGAGGACAGAGAAAAGAUUCUGCUCGAUGAGUACACUUCAGUUCUUGGUAAUAAUAAGUCAUUAAGGAAGAAGCUUGGUGAAGUGGAGAAGAAAAACAAGGAUAGCAUCUUUGAACUGGCAAUGCAGAUAAGAGAACUGAAGAGUGCUGCUGCCUCAAAAGAUGAGGUGAUCCAAUCUUUACUUCAGAAAUUAAGCUGCCCACAACCAAGCACAAAUACCAAACCAGAAUACAAAUAUAUGAAUCAGGAAAGCGUUAGUCAAGCAGCUACCUCAGAGGCCUCUAAUAUCCAACCUUCAAAUUCCGAUCCAAAGACACUUUCUGAUUUAUUUCGUAAUGAAUCUACAGAAACAAUAGGCGAAUCACCCGCAAAGGAGGACGAAAGAAACAUCAAGGUAAAUCAGGUUGAUCACCACCAUGCUGCUUCAACUAUUGAAGAAAAGUUCCGUUCCGACAUUGAUGAUCUGCUGGAGGAAAAUCUGGAGUUUUGGCUGAGGUUUAGCACUUCGGUUCAUCAGAUACAAAAGUUCCAGAAUUCAAUCCAGGAUUUGCAUGCAGAGUUGCAGAAACUAAAGGAUAAGAAGCAAGAAGGAAGUGGCAAAAACCAAUCAUCAAAAUCAGAAAUCAAACCCAUAUACAGACACCUGAGAGAGAUACAAACUGAACUGUCUUUAUGGUUGGAACAUAAUGCAGUACUAAAAGACGAUCUGCUUAGCAGAUUCUCAUCCUUAUGCAUCAUUCAAGAAAAGUUAUCAAAAAUGUCCAAGGCAGAUUCUGCAGAAGAAAAGACAGAGCUUAGUGCAUAUCAAGCUGCAAAGUUUCAAGGAGAGGUUCUCAACAUGAAACAGGAGAACAGCAAGGUCUCCAAUGAACUGCAAACAGGCCUCAAUAGUGUGACAGCACUGAAGGAUGACGUUGAGAAGACCCUGGCGCAGCUGGACGAGGAACUUGGGAUUUCAGCGUCAAAGAAAUACUUAAGAAGUCAGCCUAGAAUUCCCUUAAGGUCUUUCUUAUUUGGGGUUAAGUUGAAGAAGCAAAAGCCUUCAAUCCCUUCAAUCUUCCCAUGUGGGAAUCCGGCAUUGCAGAAACAGUACAGUGAUCUAGCGGCUGGACUCUACUUGUAG